CUUCCUGCCUCCAUUCGCCCAACGCUAAUGGAGAUAAAAAGUCGGUUCCCUAGCUCUGAUUGCAGGAAUAAUCUACCUCGUUCGCCGCAUGCUGCGUCAACGUCGUCUCGGGAAGGCAUACUCGCCUCCUUCUUCUCCCUUGUUGACCGCAAUUAGCGAUCCACUCCCGUCUGGCAUCCAGAGAAGCAUGUCCGAACGCUCUGCAAUGGGGACUGGACGCAGCGAGUUCUGGAGUACAAGCGACAGCAACACGAUGAUCGGUCCUAUUGGAACUGGUACGUACCAACCUUACAUGCCCGGGGCACCUGCAACCUAUCGCAACGACAAUGGAACGUAUCGCAGUGAGUUGAGCACCAAUACUGGUGGUAAUGACGGAGGCGGAAGGGGUGUGAUGGGUGCCUUCGGGAUUCGAACAAGUAUGAAUCGCAGCCCCUCUGGGCUUGACAAUGGUGAGCCAAGGGAUUGGAAUCUAGAUUUCAAAGAGGGAUGGGAUGAGAAGGUGGAUGUCAGUCCGUCGAGCCUGUUGCCUCCGGUUGCGACGCUGGCGGGGGAGAGGGGAAGAAUGGAGAGUUUGAGGGUCGAUGGGAUGCGCUUUGAGAUCGUGGGGGAGCCGAAGAGGUUUGAGGUGACCAGGAAGGAGACGUUCAAGCCUAAUGAGAAGCCUUUGGGUGGUCGUUCACGACCUCUUGCUGGUGGGAUUGGUCAGAACUAGCCUAAUGUUUAGAUAUGAGUUAGGUGUCGUAGAGGAAGAUAGGGGUGGGAAGCGAGGAGGUUAGAUGACUGGAGGAGGCUGGAGAUGCGCAGUAGGAUAGAUGGUAUAUGAGCAAUGGCGAUAUCAUUACCCCUAAGACUCUCUGGCCAUUAUAUACUUCUUCAACCACUUGAAGAGGUUGACAUGAAGGA